AUGGAAACUUUGAUGAUCAAGGCUGAUGUAGACGAGCCCAAGGACGCCACUAUGGCUAGGUUCCUCUCUGGCCUUAACCGAGACAUCCAAGACCGUAUGGAGCUUCAAGAGUAUGGUAGUGUGGAACAGAUGCUACACAAGGCCAUCUUGAUCGAGAAACAAGUUAAAAGGAAGAGUUUCUCAAAGCCGGCCAUUACCUCUAAACCGGCCUACUCUCCUAGACCGGCUUUUGCUCCUAAGCCAAGCUACCAAGACAAAGGUAAGUCUUCUUCCACAACACAUAAUGCUUUUAAAACUGAUGUCCCUGCUCGUGAUGACAAAGGAAAGGCAGUUGAUACUUCUGGCCGAGCAAGAGACAUUAGGUGUUUCAAAUGUCAAGGUCUAGGACAUUUUGCCAAAAACUGUCCCAACCAACGAGUGAUGAUUCUUACCGAGAAUGGAGAAGUUGAAUCUGAGGAUGAGCAGGAGAACAAAGAAGAUCUUCGUCCUAUCUUUGAUGAAGAGGACAAGUCCUUUGGAUAUCCGCAUCAAGGGCCACUACUCGUUGCUAGGAAAGGCAUGGUCGAGUCUAUUUUCGAUGAGACGGACGACCGCUUGGUCGAUGAUUCCGACCCAGCCUUUGAUGAUGAGUCCGACCCGAUCUAUGAUGAGGAGCCUUGCUUCGACUAUCCAGCUCAUGGUCCUCUACUUGUCACAAGAAGAACUCUGAGUGUCCAACCCAAAAACAAUGAAAAGGAACAAAGGGAGAAUCUCUUUCAUUCUCGAUGUUUAGUUUCUGAAAAGGUUUGCUCUUUGAUUAUUGAUGGUGGGAGUUGUACUAAUGUUGCUAGUGACACUCUUGUCAGGAAACUAGGACUUGCUACUCGGCCUCUCUCUCGUCCUUUCAGGUUGGAAUGGCUAAACGAGGCUGGAGAACAGUAUGUGAAAGAGCAAGUCACUGUCCCUAUUACCAUUGGCCGAUAUGAGGACGAGGUCGUUUGCAACGUUCUUCCUAUGGACGCAUGCCACAUUCUCUUGGGCCGGCCAUGGCAAUUUGAUAAGAGAGCCGUGCAUGAUGGCUUCACAAACCGACACUCCUUUGAUCAUAAAGGGAAGAAGAUCACGCUUGUUCCUUUGACACCUUUGGAGGUUCAUCAAGAUCAGAUCCAGCUCAAGAGGAACCGUGACAAGGAAACCAAGCCAGAUGAACCUGAAUCAUCCCAACGGAACUCCAAUUUCUAUAUCAAACAAAAUGAGAAUCCUAAGGGAUUACCUCCAGUACGAGGCAUUGAGCAUCAGAUCGACCUUGUUCCAGGCACGUCUUUACCAAACCGGCCAGCUUACCGUACCAAUCCGGUAGAGACCAAGGAACUUCAGAAACAGAUUGGUGACCUUCUUGAGAAAGGCUACAUCCGGGAAAGCCUCAGUCCUUGUGCCGUUCCUGUCCUUCUCGUGCCCAAAAAGGAUGGUUCUUGGUGCAUGUGUGUGGACUGUCGUGCCAUCAACAACAUCACAGUAAAGUAUAGGCAUCCCAUCCCUAGACUAGACGACAUGCUUGAUGAGUUGCAUGGAUCAUGUCAUUUUGUUGUUGUCUACUUUGAUGACAUUCUUGUCUAUAGCAAAAACCUUGAAGAUCAUAAGAUGCAUCUCAAAUCUGUUCUUGAAGUUCUUAGGAAAGAAAAACUCUUUGCCAAUCUUGGUAAAUGCUCUUUUGGAACAGAUCACGUGGUGUUCUUAGGUUUUGUUGUAGGUGCUGAUGGACUUAGAGUGGACGAGGAGAAAAUCAAAGCCAUCCGAGACUGGCCAAGUCCUUCGACCGUGGGCGAGGUAAGAAGCUUUCAUGGUCUGGCCGGUUUCUAUAGACGGUUUGUUCCGGACUUCAGUUCCAUUGCUGCUCCUCUGACUGAAGUGAUCAAGAAGAACGUCGGUUUCAAAUGGGAACAAGCCCAAGAAAAAGCUUUUCAGAUGUUAAAAGUGAAGUUGACUCAUGCUCCUUUACUUGUACUUCCUGAUUUUUCUAAAACUUUUGAGAUUGAAUGUGAUGCUUCCGGAGUUGGGAUUGGUGCUGUCUUGAUGCAGGAUAAGAAACCCAUUGCUUACUUCAGUGAGAAGCUUGGAGGUGCCACACUCAACUACCCCACCUAUGACCAGGAGCUAUAUGCUUUGGUGAGAGCUCUCCAAACGUGGCAACACUAUCUUUGGCCUAAGGAGUUUGUUAUCCACACGGACCACCAGUCCUUGAGACAUCUUAAGGGUCAACAGAAACUGAACAAGAGACACGCACGUUGGGUUGAGUUCAUUGAGACAUUUCCUUAUGUUAUCAAGUACAAGCAAGGAACCAGAUUGAUGUUCUCUACGACUUGUCACCCACAAACUGAUGGCCAAACUGAAGUAGUGAAUAGAACUUUGUCUGCAUUGCUUAGAUCAUUGGUUAAGAAAAACCUUAAGCAUUGGGAAGAAUGUUUGCCUCAUGUUGAGUUUGCUUAUAACCAUGCUAUGCAUUCUGCUACAAAGUUCUCUCCUUUUGAAAUCGUUUAUGGCUUUAAUCCCUUAUCUCCACUUGAUCUUUUGCCUUUACCUUUGAGUGAAAGAGUUAGCACAGAUGGCAAAAGGAAAGCAGACACUAUCAAGAAGUUACAUGAGCAGGUUCAUGCAAACAUUGCAGCCAAAACCGAAAGGUACAAAAGAUAUGCCAACAGGAAGAGAAAGGAGGUGAUCUUUGAGGAGGGUGAUCUUGUUUGGGUUCACUUGAGGAAGGAACGGUUUCCAGAAGAAAGAAAGUCUAAACUUAUGCCUCGAGUCGAUGGUCCAUUUCAGAUCCUUAGAAAGAUCAAUGACAAUGCCUAUCAGCUUGAUUUGCAAGCUCGAUUGGCUCGUACCGCAUGUACCGACGACCGUGCUGAUGAUCUCUCUACCUUGUUCGAUCCAAUCAUGGACUUUUCCUUUGGACAUUUCUCUAAGGCAAGGAUCCUUAAGCUAUCAGAAGACUUGGGAUUUGUUGGAACGCAACUUGUCCGAUCAGAACGCCCCGCGGCCUUAGCAGAACGUCUUGCGGCCCUUGCUGAUCGUCCCGCCAAUGUGACUGUCCUUACCACCUUGGACUUAGCCGGUUCGAUUGCAUCUGGAUGGAAGCCGAUCAGUCACAUUAAUUAA